AUGAAGAAAAGCAUGAUGUUUGUGACUACUGCAGCACAGUGUGAAACGCUAUUGCGAAAAUAUUCAGCAUCGCAAUCCGUUUCCGAAACCAAAAAGCUGCACGCCCUCAUCCUCACCCUUGGUCUAUUCUCCUCCUCCGACCUUUGCUCUAAGCUUGCCACAACGUACGCGCUAUGUCACCACGCAACAUAUGCAUCCCGCCUGUUUGAUAAGUUGCGUCAACCGAGUCUGUUCUCCUGGAACGCUAUGAUGAGGAUGUAUUGCAAAAUUGGGCGCCCCCUUGAUGCCCUCAACUUGUUCGUUGAAAUGCUUGACUCGGGUCAAACAUUGCCUGACAAAUUCACAUACCCUGUUGUUAUCAAGGCUUGUGGUGACUUGUCUUUAUUUGAUGUGGGCGUUGGAGUUCAUGGGCAGGCCUACAAGUUUGGUUUCGAUUCUGACACAUUCGUCCAGAACACUCUGUUGGCAAUGUAUAUGAAUGCUGGGGAGAAAGAAGCAGCCCAACUGGUUUUUGACUUAAUGCAGGAACGAACUGUGAUUUCCUGGAAUACCAUGAUUAAUGGGUACAUUCGGAAUAACUGUGCUGAGGAUGCUCUGAGGGUUUAUGAUCGAAUGGUGGAUGAGGGUGUGGAGCCUGAUUGUGCAACCGUGGUUUCAGUAUUGCCUGCUUGUGGGCUUUUGAAAAAUGUGGAGCUUGGGAGAGAGGUUCAUAGGUUGGUUCAGGAGAAAGGGUUUUGGGGAAAUCUUGUAGUUAGAAAUGCAUUGCUGGACAUGUAUGUUAAGUGCGCUAAGAUGAAAGAAGCACGCAUGCUAGCGAAUCAGAUGGAUGAGAAAGACGUGGUAACAUGGACAACUUUGAUUAAUGGAUACAUUCUGAACGUGGAUGCUAGAAGUGCUCUGAUGCUCUGUCGCAUGAUGCAGCAUGAAGGAGUGAAACCAAAUUCAGUAAGUAUAGCUUCUAUACUAUCAGCAUGUGGCAGUUUGGUUUAUUUGAAACAUGUCAAGUGCCUGCAUGCGUGGGUAAUAAGGCAAUAUUUCGAGUCUGAGGUUAUUGUGGAAACUGCCUUGAUUGACGCGUACGCCAAAUGUAAUCACGGCAACCUCAGUUAUAAAGUGUUUAUGGGAACCUCUAAGAAGAGAACAGCCCCAUGGAAUGCUCUUCUAUCUGGGUUCAUACAAAAUAGGCUUGCAGGAGAGGCAAUAGAACUCUUUAAGCAAAUGUUACUGAAAGGUGUACAACCUGACAAUGCAACCUGCAAUAGUCUUCUUCCUGCAUAUGCUAUUCUUGCCGAUCUCCUACAAGCAAUGAACAUUCAUUGUUACCUUGUAAAAUCUGGAUUUCUUUCCAGACUUGAAGUAGCAAGUAUUCUAGUCGAUAUAUACUCCAAGUGUGGAAGUUUAGGAUAUGCUCACCAGAUCUUUAAUACAAUUCCUCUGAAGGACAAGGAUAUUAUUAUCUGGAGUGCAAUAAUUGCUGCUUAUGGAAAACAUGGGCAUGGCAUAAUGGCAGUGAAACUUUUCAAUCAGAUGGUACAAUCUGGAGUAAAACCAAAUCAAGUCACCAUCACCUGUGUUCUGCAUGCUUGCAGCCAUGCAGGUUUGGUUGAGGAGGGUUUUUCUUUGUUCAAAUUUAUGCUCAAGCAGCAUCAAAUUAGUCCACUUGUUGAUCACUAUACUUGUGUUAUUGAUCUUCUUGGACGUGCUGGUAGACUGAAUGAUGCUUAUAACCUUAUUAAAACUAUGCCUGUAACACCUAAUCAUGCUGUAUGGGGUGCACUACUUGGAGCUUGUGUGAUUCAUGAGAAUGUUGAACUUGGGGAGGUGGCUGCUAGGUGGACUUUUGAGCUUGAGCCUAAAAAUACUGGUAAUUACGUUUUGUUGGCAAAACUUUAUGCUGCUGUAGGAAGGUGGAGAGAUGCAGAGAAGGUUAGAGAGAUUAUGGUAAAUGAGGUGGGAUUAAGAAAACUACCUGCUCACAGUUUACUCGAAGUCAGAAAUACAUGA